AUGAAUAUCGAAAACAAAUGUGAUUUGGCCUUCGAAGUCACCUAUCAUCCAUUAUAUCGGGCUGCUCAAUUCUGGACUUUUAUUUUUUCAACUCUAGCAGUUCCUGCACUUUUUAUUUUUCUAUUGAAGCAAAUUUUUCCACUUCCAUUUCAUGGGAAUAUAAAAUUUAUGUUAAUUUCUUAUUUUUUGUCCGCUUUUUUGUUCGCAGUUGUUCUGGCUCUAACGUUUGGCUAUCACAUACUGGUUCCACUAUUCAUCACCUCAAAAUGUGAUUUAAUAAUUCAGCCAUAUUUAUUUAAAGUUGGUCAAUUAUCCUUAACUUUGUUUAUUACUCUUCAAAUGAUAAUGCCGUUUGGAUUUUCAAUUGAAAGAAUAAUUGCGUUACGCAUGGCUAAAAGUUAUGAAAAUGUUCGUACAGUAUUAGGACCACUUUUGAUUUUUGUAUUGAUUGGAAUUGAUCUGAUAUUACUUUUUACGGUUUUUCGAGACGAAAGUUUUAAUGAUAGUUUCAUUUCAUUUAUUCUCAUUCCUGCAACUACUGCACAGACGUUUAAUAGUUAUUGCUGGAUUCUUCUAUAUGCGGAACUUGGAAAUUUACUUUGUAAUUGCAUAAUUCUUCUGGUUCACAGCAAAUUCAAAACAAAAUUUCUCCAUCAACAACGAUCUUUGUCUGUACGAUAUGAACUAGAAGAAAUAUCCCAAACUUCAAAAUUCACGCUUAUUGUUAGUUUCACACAUAUUCUAUUUAUUGGAUGGUAUCUUGGUGUAACAAUUUUCAUAAGAACUGUUGGGGAAACAUUUUUUGGUAGUUAUAUCAACUACACAGUGGCCAGAGGUGUUUACAUCAGUGUACCAACAUAUAAUCUAACUAUAGUUUUUGUUGGAAUCAAGGCAUUAAGUUUUAUGAAUCUGAAAAGGCAAAAUAAUGUUCAAAGUAAAGUUCAAAUCAAAUCGACAGGAUCAGAAGGAGCUCGAAAUUAUGAAAAUGCAAUCGCAAGUUAUUGGAAUUCUGUGUCGAAAGCUUAG